GACUCACAAUCACAGAAGGCCGUUCUUCCCUUUUGAAAUUAGCAUAGGGCAGUGUAUAAUAACCCACCUCUGGUACUGGAGUUUUAUUGUUCUUUGAGUGUCUCUGAACAAAGUAUCAUGCCUGAACCAGCGAAAUCCGCCCCCAAGAAGGGCUCGAAGAAGGCCGUCACUAAAACCACCGGGAAGAGUGGAAAGAAGCGCAAGAGGUCCAGGAAGGAGAGCUACGCUAUCUACGUGUACAAAGUCCUGAAGCAGGUUCAUCCCGACACCGGAAUCUCCUCCAAGGCAAUGGGAAUCAUGAACUCUUUCGUCAACGACAUCUUCGAGCGCAUCGCCGGUGAAGCGUCUCGUCUCGCUCACUACAACAAGCGCUCCACCAUCACAUCGAGAGAGAUCCAGACCGCCGUGCGUCUGCUGCUGCCCGGUGAGCUGGCCAAACACGCCGUGUCUGAGGGCACAAAGGCUGUGACCAAAUACACCAGUUCAAAGUAAAGCGACAUUUCAUCUGAUCAGCGAACCCAAAGGCUCUUUUAAGAGCCACCCAUAUUGUCUUUCAAAAGAGCCUUGAUCUUACACUGUCAAAUAAAAGUGAAGGAACUGUUAUCAGUUCCUUAGUGUCAACUGCUGUUGAGCAUCAGUCUGGUUUAAUAAAUGAACUCGAAUAUA